GAAGAACUAGUAAAGAAGCAGACUGUCUUUGAAGGGCUGCUGGCGCGCGGGUCUGUGUAUAAAGAUGUUCAGCGCAACAUCAAGAAAUCUCAGGAGCGCAUUGCGAAGAGAAAACUUAGCAAAGGCCUUGAAACUAACUACAACGUUGGUGACAAAGUGCUGAAAAAAAACAUUAGAGAUUACCAGCGAAAAGGAGGGAAGCUGGACACUGAUAUGCUUGGGCCCUAUGAAAUUAUCAGCAUUCAGGGCAAAACUGUGACCCUUGCAAACAAACACGAAAGGACGGUUGCAAACACCGACCAAAUUGUUCAUUUUGUUGAGCCAGAGGAAAGAGUACCAGCUAAGCUCAAGAAAACUCAAUGUGAAUCUGAUUCCCUAUCUCCCAGCACAACCGACCAUGAAAAAGGCCCUGCUCCACAGCUUGGCAUGACUGUAGCAAAACCUGGAACCACUCGCGUGGUAAAGAAAGUAUGGAGUGAAAGCAAAGGGGAGAUUUUGUGGGCUAAGCUGGGGCCUUACAAAAUCUUUACCGAAGAUUUACAGAGCCUGGCACCAGAGAGUUGGAGAGUGAGAUAGUCAAUUCUUACCUUUGGUGUGUGACCAGACCGUUACACGGUGUCAAAGUCAUUGACACUUUUCAAAUGACCAACAUUUGGAACGACACAUCAAGGGAGAUGAGACGGCUAGAUGUUUCGGAGUGGGAAACAUUAAUCGGUGCUGUCUGUAAGGAUAGACAUUGGACGCUAAUUGUGAUCUAUCCAAGGCAAGGAAAGGCUUUAUAUAUUGAUCCAUUUGGCGCCACAUCCGGUCAACUAAUGCAAUGCAGGGAUAAAACAAGGGCUUUCUUGCGGAGAAAAAACAUUAACAUUUCCAGAUGGAAAUGUGAAACUAUUUCCCACCCUCGGCAGCAAGACUCAACAUCCUGUGGCGUGUUUGUGUGCAAAAUUGCAGAGCAACUCUUGCUGGGACAGCAAGUUGUAUUUCAGACAGAGAAGGCGGCAAUUGACCUAAUCCGCCUAGAAAUGGCCCAAAAACUUAUUGAUGAGUCGGAUGACUUAAUGGAUCUUUGCCACGCCUGUGGGGACAGAGACACCUCAGAAGCCCUUGUGGACGACUGGGUAACAAACUUUGAAACCAUGUUUAAUGUUUGUUUGUUUAUUCAAUGUGCUUAUUUUAUAUUAAUGAUGUGUGUUCUAUUUUUCAGAUUGAAUGCACAACCUGCCAACGUUGGUUCCACUGGGUGUGUGUAGGAAAGCCCAACACAGAAGCCGUGUUCCUCUGUCCAGCCUGCCAGUGAUGCAGACAUGAAUAACUGAAUAACUUUAUAUAUUGUAUACAUAAACAUUUACUGCAAGAGGAAUAUCUUUUAUAAGGCCUUCUGAAUAACUAACACGGGGCACUGAAAUGUUCUGAUGCGUUGUCUUGUACAUAAUACAGACAAUUUAACGUGUGA